UUAUCCAUCAACACCUUGACUGCUCGUGUUGCACCUUUUAUGCUCUUAUUUGUUUGGGCUCGCCUGUGGUUGGUUUCAGAUGCUGUAAUAUAGCUCAAUUUAUGUUUUUAUGCUGAUGUUCAAUUGUGCUCCGCCUCCUCGAAACUGUCCAGGGUGAGAGGAGCUCUGAGUCACGAGCUGACAGACACAGCUGACCACCCUGAGUGCUAGGCACACGUUCCAAUCGCAUCAAGUCCAAAAGUAUCCUACGCACCAUGGCAUCGGACGAAUUGGCGAGGAAACUGCAGCCCAGGAUGGUUCCCCAAUUCAACCCGUGUGCACCAGAGGAGACCCCGGUGAAACCGAGCGACUCUGUCCCUGAGCCGCAGGAAAAAGCGGUGGUGGUCAUUGUCAAUGAUGCCACAUCGGAACUCACGGCGAAACUCACCCGGAGACUGGAUAUCAACGAUGGGAACGCUGCGCCCAAGCAAGCCAAGGUAUUCAACCCCUACACGGAAUUCAAAGAAUUCUCUCGCAAACAGAUCAAAGAGAUGGAGAACAUUUUCAAACGGUUUGACAGUGGUAAGGACGGCUUCAUAGACCUGAUGGAGCUGAAGCUGAUGAUGGAGAAGCUGGGAGCUCCUCAGACCCACCUGGGCCUCAAGAAUAUGAUCAGGGAGGUGGAUGAGGACUUCGACAGCAAGCUGAGCUACAGAGAGUUCCUGCUGAUCUUCAGGCGAGCAGCGGCAGGCGAGCUGCAGGAGGAGAGCGGUCUGGUGGCUCUGGCCAGACUGUCUGAGAUUGACGUCUCCACAGAGGGAGUCAUGGGGGCUCGGGACUUCUUUGAGGCUAAGGUGCAAGCUCUAAAGGUGGGCAGUAAGUUUGAGGCUGAGAUCCGAGAGGAGCAGGAGGAAAUGAAGAGGCAGGCGCUUGAUAGGAAACAGAGACGGGCUGCCUUCAAAGAGCUGCAGUCUGCCUUCUGCUCAUAAUACAGUGCACACACACUGAAACACACACACACACUGAAACACACACACACACUGAAACA